AUGUAUGCUCAGCGUCCUCUGGCGUAUGCGCCUACACCAUAUAGCUACACCCCUAAUCCGGCGCUGUCAGCGUCUAUCAAUCUCGAUGAGGAAGUCAAACUCGCCUCGAGCUCUGCGGAGCGCGAUCUUUACGAAUCCUUAGCCGAGAUAUACAGUAUUAUCGUGACUCUGGAUGGCCUAGAGAAGGCCUACAUUAAAGAUGUCGUGACAGAAGUCGAGUACACGGAAACAUGCACUCGCCUACUAAAGCAGUACAAGUCUAGUUUGGGUGAUGAUACAGUCGCGAGGGAGUUUGUCGAUCUGGAAACGUUCAAGCGGACGUGGGGCCUGGAAUGCCCUCGUGCGACAGAACGUCUACGUAUUGGUCUCCCCGCGACGGUCGAACAAGCCUCCCACUCUACACCGGCAGCCAACCUGGGCUCUGCAGCAGCUGGUCCUGCGGCGGGCGCCUCGGGCAGUCUGAUUUUAACGGCCACGGAGAACUUCAUCACAUUCUUAGAUGCGCUAAAACUGAACAUGGUCUCCAAAGAUGCCUUGCACCCCCUGCUCUCGGAAGUCAUCCAAUCGGUCAAUAAGGUGACUGAUGGGGACUUUGAGAACCGAGGAAAGAUCAUCCAGUGGCUGAUCGCCUUGAACCAAAUGCGUGCGACGGAAGAGUUGAGCGAAGAACAAGCCAGAGAAUUGGCGUUUGAUAUCGAGCAGGCAUAUCAAGGGUUCAAAUCCACAUUAGGGUGA